UAUGGUGGUUUCUAGCUGCUGCUUCAAGAGAGGGGGAACGCUUCUUCCCAGCUCGGAUUUCUCGACUUUCUACGCAAUUGGUGUGGGAUUUCGUGAUUCGAGGCUCUCGGCGGCAGCUCCUAAGGUGUCGAGGAGAUUGGUGGCGACGAGAGCGAUGGCGGAUGCGGUGGAGAGCAUGAUUCAGAGGUAUAGCUCGGCGGGAUCGAGCAGGAAUGGCAAGGGCGUGUCGAUAAUGUGGUUUAGGAACGAUCUGAGGAUCGUGGAUAAUGAGGCGCUCUUCAAGGCUUGGGCGUCUUCUUCGUCCGUGCUUCCGGUGUAUUGUGUUGAUCCGAGGCACUUUGGGACGACUCACUAUUUUAAAUUUCCAAAGACUGGAGAACUGCGCGCACAGUUUCUUCUAGAAAGUCUGGUGGAUUUGAAGAAAAACUUGAAGAAGAGGGGGUUGGACCUGGUAAUUCGCUCUGGAAAUCCAGAGUUUAUACUACCUUCGCUAGUGGAGGCUGUAGGAGCUGAUACCAUUUAUGCACAAGAAGAAACGUGUAGCGAAGAACUACAAGUGGAAAAAGCUGUUAAGAAGUCAAUUGGCACGAAAGCAAAGCUUGAACUCGUAUGGGGCACAACCAUGUAUCAUUUGAAUGAUCUGCCCUUCACUACUGCCAGGUUACCGGAUGUUUACACACAGUUUCGCAAGGCAGUUGAAAGCUCGUCCCGAGUAAGGCCUUGCCUGAAAUUGCCCCAAACACUUGGUCCUCUUCCAGAUAGCCUUGGAGAAAAAGUUGGGGACCUUGAUAAAGUUCCAAACCUUAGCCACUUAGGAUUGAGACCGCGAGAACAGAGCUCACUUGCGGCAAUGCAAUUUGCCGGUGGGGAAACAGCAGCCAUUCAGAGGCUCUGUGAAUACUUCUGGACUAAGAACUGCUUACGUAACUACAAAGAGACGAGAAAUGGGAUGCUAGGUGCUGAUUAUUCAACAAAGUUUUCCCCUUGGCUGGCUUCGGGCAGCAUAUCACCUCGCUUUAUCCACGAAGAGGUGAAAAGAUACGAGAAAGAACGAACAGCAAACAACUCGACAUACUGGGUUCUGUUUGAGCUGAUUUGGAGAGAUUAUUUUCGCUUUCUGUCAAUGAAAUAUGGGAAUUCUAUAUUUCAUCUAGAAGGACCUCGUAAAGUGAGAACGAAAUCCUGGAGCCAGGACAAAACGCUUUUUGAAGCCUGGCGUACAGGAACCACGGGGUAUAAACGAGUGAACAAACGAGUGAAUUUACUAAUGAAUCAAAUGGACAGGUACCCUCUGAUUGAUGCAAACAUGAAGGAGCUGUAUGCUACAGGUUUUAUGUCGAAUCGUGGUCGUCAGAUUGUUUGCUCGUUUUUGGUCCGUGAUAUGGGGAUUGACUGGCGCAUGGGAGCCGAGUGGUUUGAAUCCUGUCUGCUGGAUUACGAUCCAUGCUCUAACUAUGGAAACUGGACGUAUGGAGCUGGGGUUGGGAAUGAUCCACGAGAAGAUCGCUACUUCAGCAUUCCCAAACAGGCUCAAACUUAUGAUCCCGAUGGGAGCUAUGUUUCUCACUGGAUUCCUCAACUCCAAGAACUUCCCACUGAUGCACGCCACUUUCCCAAGGUGGGCUACUUGAAAAAAAUUGUCCCACUCAGAUUUUCCAACCCGGGACGAACCUCUAAAACCUCUGCGAACUUCAGGAAGUGAGAAAAGAGAAAAUGUGCUUUCUGUGUAAUAGUAUACUAAUAUGGUUUCAAUUAAAACGGAACGGGGGCAUUCCGAGAAUUGAACUCGGGACCUCUCGCACCCUAAGCGAGAAUCA